AUGCGCAAGCCCGGAUCGCGUGCGGCGGCAGUGGAAGGGCUGGAGCGACUCUCCUCCCAGCCCUUCCUCACUGAGGAGCAGCGGGCAGCCCUGGACGCGGCUCUGGCGAAGAAGCAAGCCGAGGCCGACUCUGCUCCCCCGCCGCUGACACCCGUGGACCCCAGCUCGCUGAUCGGCCGGUUCUCGUCUGGCAAGGCCAGCUCCCUCCCAGCCCCCAAGAGCAAGCGGGAGGUGGCACACGACCACCACACCUCUCGCCGCACCAAGGGGUCUGGCCGCGCCAAGAAAGGGGGCUCGGGCGGGAAGUACACCUGGGGCGGCCUGCUGGAGGACGAGGAGAGCGGCGCCACGGAUGCGGUGACAGACCGUCGCGACCCCAACUACGACUCCGGGGAGGACGGCGACGACGCCAGUCAGCACGUGUUCUGGCGCGACGCCGCCCGCUCCGAGGUCGCGGCCUUCAAGGCGGGCGUGACCGCCGCCCUGGCCGAGUUUUACGGCACAGGUGACCUGACUGAGGUGGCGGCCUGCCUGCGCGACCUGGGCAGCCCCCAGUACGGCUACUGGGUGGUCAAGCGGGCGGUGGUGGGGGCGCUGGACCGCCACGACCGUGAGCGGGAGAUGACCAGCGUCCUCCUGGCAGCCCUGCAUGGCGAGCUGCUCACGUCCUCGGACCUGCGCAAGGGCUUCCAAGCCGUGGCGGCCGAGCUGGAGGACCUAGAACUGGACGUCCCGGGCGCGGCAGACGCCGUCGCGCUCUUCGUCUGCCGUGCGGUUGUGGACGACGCGCUGGCCCCCGCCUUCCUUUCCUCCCUGGACACGGUGGGGCCGGCGGGGGAGGCCCUGGCGCGCAAGUGCCGGGCCCACCUCGCUGCCAAGCACGCCGCGGAGCGCCUGGCGCGCUGCUGGGGCGGCACAGCCGGGUUCGACCUGGAGGAGAGCCGGGCCUCCAUCAAGAGCAUGCUGGAGGAGUACGCCUCGGGUCGCGACGUGGAGGAGGUGAGGCGCCGGCUCCACGACCUGGCCGUGCCCUUCUUCCACCACGAGCUCGUGAAGCAGGCGCGUGGAGCCAUCGUCAAGGGGCUGGAGACGGGGGACGUGGCGCCGUACGUCGCCCUGCUUUCCAGCCUGGCAGGCGAGUGCGUGCUGUCCACCAGCCAAGUCGGAAAGGGUUUCGGCCGCGUUUCUGACCUGCUGGCCGACAUUGAGCUGGAUGUGCCGACCGCGCGCGAGACCUUUGAAGACAUGGUCGCCGCCGCGACCAAGGCUGGGUGGCUGGAGGAGGGCUUCCAGAGCGGCGGGGAGACGCCGAUGGGCUCCCCCAACGGACUGGCGCGGAGUCAUGGGAACGGCGGCUUCCGAGCAGCUGAUGUGGGAUCCUACAAGUCUGCCAUCAAAGCCAUCCUCAGAGAGUAUUUUGAUGCAGGCGACCCUACCGAGGUGGCCAGGUCCCUCGCAGAGCUGGACGAGCCGGGGUUCCACCACAUCUUUGUGAAAUAUGCUGUGCAACUGGCGCUUGACCGCAAGGAUCGGGAGAGGGAGCUGGUGUCGGCCCUGCUCCCGACCCUGGUGCCCUCUGUCAUCAGCCACGAGCAAGCCUGCCUGGGAUUCAGCUGCCUGGUGGCGGCGGCGGAGGACCUGACCCUGGACAUUCCCGACGCGGAGCCCCUACUCUCCCUCUUCCUGGGCCGCGCGAUCGUGGACGAGGUGGUCCCGCCGCGCUUUCUCGUCGAGUCGGUGCCGCGCCUGCGCGGCGACGGCGCCAGCCUGCGCGUGAUUCAGCACGCCGGCGCGCACCUGUCGGCGCGCCACGCCGGCGAGCGGCUGGGCACCUGCUGGCACGAGCGCGUGUCGAGGCCCGCUGAGCUGGCGUCCGCCAUGCGCGAGGCCGUGAACGAGUACACCGCGACGCACGACGUGCACGAGGCGGAGCGCUGCUUGUCGGACCUGGCGGUCCCGCACUUCCACCACGAGUUCGUCGUCAGGAGCCUGCUAGCCGCCUGUGCUCAUAGGGAGCAGGUGCGGCCCAUCCUGGACCUGCUGGCCUCACUCGCAGCCUCUGGUCUGGUCACCGAGACGCAACUGAAGGCCGGGUUCUCCCGGGUCGAGGAGAACCUCGACGACAUAGUCCUGGACUUCCCACUGGCCGUCCCAGUCUUCGAGGAGCUGAAGGGGGAGGCCGAAGCGGCGGGGUGGCUGCCCCAGUCAGGCGAGGCCAACGGCGGCACGGGCGCAUAG